CCUGCCACGGGCGGCUCCCGCGAGCGAGGGCUAAGUUAUGUGGGGCAGCUGUCAGCCGGCGCCCAGGGUGGGGCCUAUUUAGCUGGUAGGGGCUCCAGGCGGGGACCCUGAGCUGGUCUCUGCCCCCAGGGCUGCCGCCCCGCCGGCCCCACGGCUCCGAGUGGCCCUCGUGGGCCCCUCAGUACCACUAUGAUGACCGAGGAGCACACAGACCUGGAGGCCCAGAUGGUCAAGGACAUCCACUUCAAGGAGAUCGACCUGGUGAAUCGGGACCCCAAGAACAUCAAUGAGGACAUUGUCAAGGUGGAUUUCGAAGAUGUGAUUGCAGAGCCCGUGGGCACCUACAGCUUUGACGGGGUGUGGAAGGUGAGCUACACCACCUUCACCGUCUCCAAGUACUGGUGCUACCGGCUGCUGUCCACGCUGCUGGGGGUCCCACUGGCCCUGCUCUGGGGCUUCCUGUUCGCCUGCAUCUCCUUCUGCCACAUCUGGGCGGUGGUGCCAUGCAUCAAGAGUUACCUGAUCGAGAUCCAGUGCAUCAGCCACAUCUACUCGCUCUGCAUCCGCACUUUCUGUAACCCGCUCUUCGCCGCGCUGGGCCAGAUGUGCAGCAGCGUGAAGGUCCUGUUGCGGAAGGAGGGUUGAGGCAGGUGGAGACCCAGCCCCGCACCAUGUCCCCUUCCUGCCCCCCUUCUCUGCAGGGACUGCUCCCUUCCACCUAAGAUGGGGACACCUUGUACAGGGAAGCCAGGGAGAACAGAUAGCCCUCCCUCCCUCCUCACUCCACCCUCACACCCCAGGCAGCCGGGCGGGCUUGGUUAAGAGGCAGCUACUGCAAGUCUUUGUGUCCACUUGCACUGUGAUGAUCCCAAGCAGCCCAGGAUUCCUCAGGGGCAGCCUGCCCACGUGUGCCAGGAAAGCCCCUGGUGACUGCCAAUGAGAGAGGGCAGCAGCAAUAAAGGU